AUGUCCACACUCAAUGUUUCCACCCCACUGCCUGUGUCCUUCUGGACCAAUGCCUCCAAUGAUGAAGUGCUAAGCAUGGAUGAUGUUGCAGUAACAGCUGAUUACCUGGUGCUUAGAAUCAUAGUUGCCCUGGCCUAUGGACUGGUGGGAGUGAUAGGCCUCCUGGGCAACCUGGCUGCGCUAUGGGUGUUAGGUGGGUGUCAUCAACAGGCCUCACGUCCAACAACUGACAUCUUCAUCUUUAGCUUGGCAUUGGCCGACCUGGGGUUGGCACUCACCUUUCCCUUUUGGGCGGCUGAGUAUGCCCUGGAUUUCCACUGGCCUUUUGGGGGCAUUCUCUGCAAAGUGGUUCUGACGGGCACCGUCCUCAGCAUCUAUGCUAGUGUCUUCCUCAUCACUGCUCUCAGCAUUGUCCGAUAUUGGAUGGUGGCCAUGGCUGCUGGACCAAGAACUUGCCUCUCACCCUCCCGUGCCUUUGGGACCAGCCUGGUAGCGUGGGUGGCUGCAGCUGCUGCAGCAAUCCCCACAGCGAUCUUUGGGGUUGAAGGUGAGGUGGGUGGAGUUCAACUGUGCCUCCUUCGUUUCCCUAGUAUUCGCUGGCUGGGCGCUUACCACUUACAGAAGAUCGUGUUGGCUUUUGUGGUGCCCCUGAGCGUCAUUGCAGUGAGUUAUAUGAUGCUGCUGGCAUUUCUCAGGCGGCAGCGACUGAAGCAGAGGGACAGAGUGGUGGCCCAAUCCAUCCGGAUUAUUAUUGUGUCCUUUUUCCUCUGCUGGUUCCCUAACCAUGUUGUCACAUUCUGGGGGGUCCUAGUGAAGUUCAACAUCGUGCCUUGGGACAGGACCUACUAUGCCCUUCACACCUAUGUCUUCCCCAUUACUGUCUGCCUGGCCCGAAGUAACAGCUGCCUCAAUCCUGUGAUCUACUGCUUCCUACGCCAGGAGUCCCGCCGGGCAUUGGGCAAGGCCCUGAGAAGUCUGUGGGCACGGUUGCCUGGUGGAGGACAAACCCAGCCAGAGCAAGUAGCCCUUCAGAAGAUGAGGCCACGGGACAUGGUGGAUACCCCUAAGUGCAGUGGGCUUUCUACCACCCUCACUAACCUGGAUAAGAGGGGUACAGAAAUAAGAAAAUCCUCCACCACCGAAGUUAUAGCUCCCUCUCCUCCCAGCAUCUACAGGACACCAGAUCCUGGCACCUAA